UGGGUGGGAAUAGUCAAGUAGUGCAAAUUGCAAACCUAGCGAGUUGUGUACUGUGUACUGUGCUGUUUCCGUUCGCGUAAUCUUAAUUGCAGCAUGGACGUGGUCCAAUUUUUAGAGAGAGAACAGACAAUGUUGUGGCGCUCGCCAGCGUGUCGACUGUGUACUAUUAUGGAACUUGAAGAUACGCUUCAGAGGUGUGGUACAUUAACCACAAUGAGCAGUCCUGAAAUAGAGAACUAUAUGUUCCAAAGAGCAACAUCACAGAUUGAAUAUAUGGAGUUACUUGCAAGAUUUGUUUUUCAUAUCGGAGAAUUUUCUCAAAAGAAAGGACGCGGGAUGGCUGGCUCUGAUGGAGGAGCAGCACAAACAAUACUGGAUCCCAUAAGUCUAAUGUUAGAAUGGCCAAGGCAAGAUUACACUUAUAUAAGGCCCAGGAAUUACCUCUGAUGGGACUGGAUCCAAAGACUACAGGCACCAUCUCAAACUCCUGCCGAUAAUUUAUAUCCUACAAAUUAUUGAUGGAGAGCAGCAGGCAGAUUCUACAAUCCCACAUUUCCAGAAAGCAAUAGACAAGAUUUCUUAAAUAUUAAACCCAGUACAUUGUCCGGCAUGGCAAGUAUUCAUGGAGGUGUCAGCUUGGAGGCCGACUGGCUACUGGCAGGUAACCAUGACUUCUAUAUCUGCCCCAAUGCAGGGGCAGCAGCCAGGCAGCUAGAAUGCAUCCCAUCAGGUUUGAAGCACAAGAUCCCACAAGUAGCAACACCAGUACAUUCACAACUGCUGGGCAGCUCAAAUCAGGAUACCUGUUAUUUAGAUUAUCACAAUUAAUCAUGCUGCUUUAUAUAUUUUAAUGUAAAAUAAAGAACUGGAGACUGGGGGUUUUUGUAUUAAAAUUGAUAUCUUUAUACAAAAAUAAAAGCUGAGCUAUAAAUCA